ACACCCUAAUCUACCUCUACUUUUCCCGCACUGAUUCGCUCUUCUGUUCUUUCUUUUUCCUCCUUUUUCUUCGGCCCCUUCCUGCUUCUUGGGCCGCUUUGCGUAGCUCUGGUUCUUCCUCCGUCUUUGCAUGCACCCAGAGAUGUCUCGACCGGGCGACGAAGAUCUCCUUCGGCAGCUGCAGGAAACCCUAGAUUCCGAUCCCGAUAAUCCGUCGCACCAUUAUAACAUCGGCCUCUUCUUGUGGAAAAAGGGCGAAGCAGUAGAUGAUCAAGCUGACCAAUCGAAGCAAUUAAGGGAGAGAGCAGCCGAGCAUUUUUUGGCCUCUGCGAAGCUGAACCCUAGUGACGGCGUCGCAUUCCGCUUUCUGGGGCAUUACUACAGCACGGUUUCCGUCGAUGCACAGAGGUCUGCAAAGUGCUACCAGAGGGCUGUCGCCCUUAAUCCCCAUGAUUCUGAAGCUGGCGAGGCGCUGUGUGAUCUGCUGGAUGGAGAAGGAAAGGAAAGCUUGGAGAUUGCGGUGUGUAGAGAAGCAUCUGAGAAGUCUCCCAGAGCUUUCUGGGCAUUCCAGAGAUUGGGAUACUUGCAGGUCCACCAGAGGAGAUGGUCUGAGGCAGUACAGAGCCUUCAGCAUGCUAUACGAGGAUUCCCGGCAUGUGCUGACUUGUGGGAAGCGCUUGGUCUUGCCUACCAUCGCUUGGGCAUGUUUACUGCAGCUGUUAAGUCGUAUGGGCGAGCCAUUGAGUUGGAGAACUCAAGAAUAUUUGCAUUGGUGGAGAGUGGGCAUAUUCAGCUAAUGCUUGGUUCUUUCAGAAAAGUACAAGAAAACUGUAUCCUUACUGGUUACCUAGGUAAGUGGCCAUUGCCAAUGGCUUUUUACCUCAUGGUUGGAUUUGUUCUGCCCAGAUAGCACUCAGUACUGAGAUGAAGCAAUUGAGGUUAGCCUAUGUGGCUGCCAAUCAUUUCUUGUCAAUGUAAUGGAGUUGCUUUUGUUGGUAAGCUCUUGGCAUUUGACAGAGCUCGUCUCCACUUGGUAGGGAGGGAUAGUAGAGAGAAGCAGAUUCUGUUAAGUGAACUGUCAUUCAGGUUACAAUGGAAUCAACUGGCAGUUGGUUGGUGGGGCCUUUAGGUGGAUUCCAUUAAUUAGGUGAUAGCAAGUUGCAAAGCCCACUUUGAAAAGUCAAAAAUUACAUAUUUUGUAGCAAAUCCCAUUAAAAGGCUUGUACUACACUCAUUCCUUGUAUCUAGAGAAAGAGGUGUGUUGUUGUUCUCCUACUAUAAGAGAGUAUCAUGAUUUUUCC